UCUUCUCCCACCGUUAACUGCAAUUACAGCCUGUAUUGUCCGCCUGAACACUUAACGCGAGCUCAACCAUUCUUUGCAGCAUUCUCAGGUGGUCGCUGGUGAGCGCGUUAUUGCACAAGUUUCGCAAAAUUGGCUUGUGUUGUCAUCGAACUGUUACUUGGAACCUUGCAACUUUGCACUAAGGGUACGGUCAGAAAGCAAAGGAUCUCGCGUGUCGUACUAUGGCUACAUUCGAGGAGCUCUUUAACUCCAAUGUGUUGGAGGUAAUUGCACCGCAAACAUCCCUCGAAUUUCCGGCUGGCUACACCGGCGACAGGGCCACAGAAUGGCUAUCACGACUACGUGCAGAUCCUACGGAUAGGAAGGUCGCAUUCUUCGAUGAGAACAUCGACUUGUUGCUCAUCAUACGCUUUCCAACCUCUGGGAUAGACACAGAACGGUCUGACGGCGGGAAGCCGCCAAUGCACCUACUUUCCUUCCUGGCCCACCUUCAGAUUGCCUACGAUGCCUCUUAUAUCUCUCCAUCCGCCCCUCCAGUCAAUGUGCCAGAGAUUCAACGGCCUCCCAUUCCGCUGCGCACGACAUCUAUGAACCAGGUGAAGCCCGCCGCUCUGCUCGCCGUAUCGCAUCCUUCCAUAUUCCCUCCAUCGACUCCACAUCCGAUCCCUUCUGCAGCGGAGUCAGACCGCCAAUAUGUGCAGGCGCAGGGUACACCACUCUCCUCCGGCAUAUGGGGCGAGCAGAAGAUCGCGCGAGCGCGAGAAUCCUCUGAUGCAUUUGCGCUACUCUGGAACGAUCAGAAUGACGAGUGGGUUGCUGUGUACCGGAUGUCGGUCCUUGUACGAUUCAUGAAUACCAGAUUCCCUGACCCAUUGUUGUCGCUCACCGUGUCGGCUACAUUGCGCGAGAAAGCGCUUCCUGUGACUCCCGCUCGACGGACUCUUUCCUCUAUGAUUGAAGAGGCGGGCGGCCUCCCUGGUCUCGUAAAUCCAAUGUCACCGGCGCGACCGAGUGGUAUUGUCGGCAAAGAAGAUGAGGAUGAUGAGCUACUACUCGGGCUUGAAGAGAUCAAUCUGUUGGAGGGCUUACAGGCAGAUCCUACGUUCACAUCCUCUGAUGAUCCUCCUCUCAACCUCCCUUCCACCCGUCUUGGACCGAAGACCCGUCAUGAUGCAUUCUCGCUUCCUCCCGUCCCUCCAUCGUCAGCCUCCUCUCAGCAUCACGGAGCACGGCCACCAUCGUCGUAUGGCAAGCCAUCUCACAUGGUAGCCGGCGCGACCUUCCGCAAAUCGUAUCGCAAAACGAUGAAAGUGGUAUCGGGCUUUCACGUUCGCAUGCGUACGGUCUUCGUGCCGCAUUUCUUACUUCCGCGGAACGGCAAGAGCAAGCAGCAACUGACAGAUGGCAAUGGCAGCAAGGUAACGGCCGCGGCAGACUCAGAGGAUGAAGAAGAUGAGUAUGCUCGUGAACAACGUGAGACAGGGAAUGAAGAGCACACUGUCAUUCUUUCCGUCGAGAUCGAGAACAGCUUCCCUGACACGCCCGCCGACUCAUUACUUAACUUCAGCUUUGAGAUCGAGCGUGCAGACGUCACUGUCAGCGGGACCGGUGCAAAGACAGUGCUUGUCUCGUGGGGCGACAACGACACCGUAUUUCCAUUGUAUAUCGCACCUCGCGAACAGGUUAACCUCCUCUACGCUGUGUCUUUCCUGCGGGGACCCGAACUAGAUGAAUGUCCGGUUCCUCCGCCCAGUGGGCCUCGCGCUGGCUCGAGGACAAGCUUGUCAGCCGCAGGAAAGCGUGGAAGCAUGCAAACAGCCGCAUCUUCGCAAGAUAUGCACCGUUCUGUCUCUAUCAACAUCAGCGUGAGGCCAUUCGAGAGAGCGCCGGAAUCGGAGACUAUCACCUACCCCACGAAAGUUUACAAGUCGUACUGGAGCUGUAAGCUGAACUUCUCGUCCGCUUUGACCAUCCCAUCCGCCGCCCCAUCCGAGGCCGACCCGACAGAGCUAACCGUGCUGCCCACGCCUGCUUCGCCGUUCCCAACCGUGCCUGCGUCCGCGCCUCCAACUGUCACUUCGCCGCCCGCGUCGCGGCCGAUGUCUCUUCAAGGGCAGUCCGUCGCAGGCAACAAGCGCUAUACGCUAAGCGCACUUGAGUCUCCAGCUUCGGCCAGCCAGGUCCGCAAGGCAAAGUCGCCGGUCAACUACCAAGGCCCGACCGCGAUGCUCAACCCGGCCAACCAGCCGCAGCUUCCUGCUCAAGGACCCAUGACGCCCACAUCCAGCCCGACAUCCGGAGGUAUGCUGAACGUUCCGGGAAACAGAGGCUCACUCCCGCCUUCCGUGGGCCUUCAGUCCCUCUAUGCACGCUCGCCUGCGCCUACCACGACGACGUACGAUAUGCCGGCGCCAGAUACGUACUUCUCAUUCUCGGCGUUGGGUGCUGGUAGUGCCGGGCAGGUGACAGGUUUCCCGAUUGUCGAGGAGCCGGGCACCCCUCGUACGCCAGCGUAUCCUGCAUAUCCAGGGUCGCCAUUGCCCGUGCCUCCCACGCCAUUCUGGCAGGCACCGCUGUCGCAGCAGAACGCGAGCGCGCCAGGACCCAGUGUCGACAUGCGGCGGGAUCGCCAGAGUAUACUGCCGACGCCGGGAGUGAACGUCUUGGGCUUCCCAACGAGCGCUGAGCUCGGCGCAGAGGUGGAGGCCGAGGCUGAGGCGGGCGCGGAACCGAUCAUCGUGUCCGUGGGACUGCUAUCGACCGCUCGCGAAAGCAAGAGCAAAAGCCGUCGUGACGGAGAGAUAUAUCCACUAGACCAGUUCACUCUGGAUAUAUUUGUGUUCAACCAGUCUUCGUGGACGAGGAGAUUCGAGGUGAGUCAUCCGGAUGAGAGGCGGCGUCGAAGGAAGGGGCGGACAGAGAAGAGGAAGAAAGGAGCAAUUGAUGGUCCUGGUAUUGUACCGCUGGAAAACAGGGUGCGGAUAGGACCUCUCCUGCCGUCUACGUGUCAGUCUGUGCGAAUGGACUUCCUUGCGCUCACGCCUGGCGUGCACCCCAUCGAUGAACUUGUUCUCACCGAUGUCCAAUCGGGCUAUACGAUGCACCUCCGCUCGGUCAUAGACGUCGUUGUUCAUGAACCUCCCGUCGAACCGACAGAGCCAUCAUAGAGGGUCAUAUGGUUGUCCAGACGAUCUAAUAAGUAAACUUCCAUUGGGUAGUAUGGUACAUUUACAGAUGCGCGUAGUCCUGCCUUGCAUCUCAUGGUAAACAUAGAGAGAACGACAUGUAUUGGAGAAAAGGUAGGACUUUGUACAAGCUACAACAAAGGAAGAUGAGGGAGCGAAUGCCAGGGUAAGGAGGAACAUGGCAGAGAAAACUCA